AUGCUACAACGCUGGGAUCAGCGCGUGCGAGAAGGGCGAGCAGUGGCAGCGUGCGCUGGCGCUGCUGAGCGAGAUGCGGGAGGCGAAGCUGGAGCCCGACUCAGUUACAACGCUGGAAUCAGCGCGUGCGAGAAGGGCAAACAGUGGCAGCCAGCGCUGUCGCUGCUGAGCGAGAUGCGGGAGGCGAAGCUGGAGCCCGACGUCAUCAGCUACAGCACUGGGAUCAGCGCGUGCGAGAAGAGCGAGCAGUGGCAGCGGGCCCUGGCGCUGCUGAGCAAGAUGUGGGAGGCGAAGCUGGAGCCUGACGUUAUUUUCAGCUACAAUGCUGGGAUCAGCGCGUGCGAGAAGAGCGAGCAAUGGCAGCCGGCGCUGUCGCUGCUGAGCGAGAUGUGGGAGGCGAAGUUGGAGCCUGACGUCAUCAGCUACAGCGCUGGGAUCAGCGCGUGCGAAAAGGGGGAGCAGUGGCAGCCUGCGCUGGCGCUGCUGAGCGAGAUGCGGGAGGCGAAGCUGGAGCCCGACUCAGCUACAACGCUGGGAUCAGCGCGUGCGAGAAAGGCGAGCAGUGGCAGUGGGCGCUCGCGCUGCUGA